AUGGCGGCGCAGCUCAGGCUCCGCGGGGUGCUGGCGCUGGUCACCGGGGCCGGCAGCGGCAUCGGGCGGGCGGUGAGCCUCCGCCUGGCCCGGGAAGGCGCCUCGGUGGCCGUGGCGGACGUGGACGAGGCCGGGGCGGGGGAGACGCUGCGGGCGCUGCCGGCGGGGGAGCACCGGGCGGCGCGGGUGGACGUGGGCUGCGCCCGGAGCGUGGAGGAGCUGCUGCGGGGGCUGCAGGCGCACUUCUCCCGGCCCCCGACGGUCUGCGUGAACUGCGCGGGGGUCACGCGCGACGAGUUCCUGCUGCGGCUGAGCGAGGCCGCCUUCGAGGCCGUCCUGAGGGUCAACCUCAAGGGCGCCUUCCUGGUGACGCAGGCCGUGGCCCGGGCGCUGGUGGAGAGCGGGGCCAGCGAGGGCUCCAUCAUCCACCUGGGCAGCGUGGUGGGGAAGGUGGGGAAUCUGGGCCAGGCGAACUACGCGGCUUCCAAGGCGGGGGUGGAGGCCCUGGCCAAGACCGCAGCCAAGGAGCUAGCCAGGUACGGCAUCCGUUGCAACACGGUUGUGCCGGGGUUCAUCCGGACCCCCAUGACGGACAAGGUCCCCCCCAAAGUCCUGGAUAAGUUCGCUGCCAUGGUGCCCAUGGGACGCCUGGGGGAGCCUGAAGAUGUUGCGGAUGUCUGCGCCUUCCUGGCUUCGGACGAGAGCCGGUACAUCACCGGGGCCAGCCUGGAAGUGACAGGGGGCCUCUUCAUCUGAGCCACUGCUGCCCCCUGCUGGAGGAAAGGCCCACGAAGACACUUACUUCCAGGAAGGACUUUCAGUAGAAACUGCACUCCAUGGACGGACGGACGGACGGACGAUGGACCUGGAACUUGGGCGAUGAUUGGGGGGGGA